AUGCCCCCUAAGCCGUCUUCAAGAGCCUGGGAUGGCCUUGAGCCAUCUUUGUCCGAAUGGACACUCGACGCCGUGGGCUCAAUGGGCUUCACGCGCAUGACGCCAGUCCAGGCCUCGGCCAUCCCUCUGUUUAUGCAACACAAGGAUGUUGUGGUAGAAGCGGUUACUGGAAGUGGAAAAACAUUGUCUUUCUUGAUCCCAAUUGUUGAAAAGCUACUGCGCCUUGAGGAGCCCCUCAAAAAGCAUCAUGUUGGAGCUAUUAUCAUUUCUCCCACGAGAGAAUUGGCCUCGCAAAUCUACCAAGUUCUUCUCUCGCUAUUGGAAUUCCACCCUGCCUCUGCUGUGGCCAUCAAGCCUGCCGAGGGUGAUGCGCCUCGUCCGAAGUCCUCCUCAUCGACAUUGAAGGUCGUCCCACAACUCCUCCUGGGCGGCAGUACCUCCCCAGCGGAAGAUCUGAGUUCAUUCCUCAAACGGUCACCCAAUGUUUUGGUUUCUACACCCGGAAGACUGUUGGAACUUCUUUCAUCGCCUCACGUGCACUGCCCCCAGUCCUCUUUCGAAAUGCUUGUCCUAGACGAGGCCGACAGACUUUUGGACCUUGGAUUCAAGGAGGAUUUGCAGAAGAUUCUUCGCCGAUUGCCUAAGCAGCGCAGGACGGGAUUGUUCAGUGCCAGUAUCAGCGAAGCUGUUGAUCAGAUCGUCCGCGUGGGUCUUCGCAACCCAGUAAAGAUCGCUGUCAAGGUGAAGGGAGGCGCUGGUGCCGAGGAUAAGCGUACUCCAGCAAGUUUGCAAAUGACCUACCUGACAACGCCUCCCCUUCACAAAUAUGCUAUUCUAAAGCAUAUCCUUUCCACAGUCCAGCCCACACCCCAGAAGACCAUUUUCUUCGUAUCGACAUGCUCAAGUGUGGAUUAUCUCGCCACCAUACUACCGAUAAUCUUGGGAGAUGAAUUCCUCAUGGUGCCGCUGCAUGGGAAACAUCAAGCCAACGUCCGUCAAAAGAACUUUAACCGCUUCACCACCGCUACAACCCCCGCCAUCCUACUCACCACUGACGUUGCCUCCCGCGGACUGGAUAUCCCAUCCGUCGAUCUAGUGGUCCAGAUUGACCCGCCAUCCGACCCCAAAACUUUCAUCCACAGAUGUGGCCGAGCAGGCCGUGCCGGUCGUCGAGGCCUCAGCAUUGUUCUCAUCCACCCUGGCCGCGAGGAAGACUAUGUUUCUUUCUUAGAAAUCCGCAAAACCCCUGUCGCACCCUAUAAUCUGACCGAAUUCACCGACGAAGAGGCCACAGCCGCUACAGACAAAGUACGCAAAGCAGUUCUCAAAGAUCGGGCCAUGCACGACAAGGGCCAGAAAGCAUUUGUCAGCUGGCUGCGCAGCUACAGCAAGCACCAAGCCAGCAGUAUCUUCCGGGUGGCAGAUCUAGACUGGGAAGCUCUCGGCAAGGCCUGGGGUCUUUUGAAGCUUCCCAAGAUGCCCGAGUUGCGCGCAUUCACCGGUGACAAAACCCUAGGUGUCAAGCUCGACUGGGACAACUACACAUACAAAGACAAGCAACAAGAAAAGCGACGCAAGGAAGCCAUGGCGGAGGCUGCUAAUGGCGGAGGUGCCGAGCAAGGAACCAAGCGUCGGGCUACUGAGAGUGUGGCUUGGAGCCAGAAGACAGAGGAACGAGACAAGAAGUUCAAGAAGAAGGAGAUCAAGAAGGCCCGCAAGGAGAAGGAUAGGUGGGAGCUACUGCCCGAGCAGGAGAAGAAGAAGGUCGAAGAAACGCAGCGUAUGUUGGAAGAGAUUCGUGCGAAGAACGAACAAGAGCGUCUUGCCAGACAAGCUGAGAAGGCCAAUGAGGCCAAUGGCAAAAAGCAUGAUGAUGAAUUCAAGGGCUUUGAUUAG